GAUGAAGCCGUCGGAGGAGCGCCGGGGCCGCUCGGCCGCCGCUCUGUCCCCGGAACCACAGUAACCGGAACCGGAACCAUAGAUGAAGGCCUCGGAGGACCGCCGGGGCCGCGCGGCCGCCGCUCUGUCCCCGGACUCGGUCCAGGCCAUGGCUGAGGCCUCAGGACUCGCUCAGGUUCCGGCUCCGACUCUGCAGCUGCUGGCGGAGGAGGCGAGUGUCAGACUGAGGAGCAUUGCGCAGGAUGCCCUCAAGUUCAUGCACAUGGGCAAGCGCCGGCGCCUGACCCCAGGGGAUGUGGACCUGGCCCUGAAGCUCAAGAACGUGGAGCCCCUGUACGGGUUCCAGGCGCAGGAGUUUGUUCCAUUCCGCUUUGCCAGCGGGGGGGGCCGAGAGCUUCACUUCUAUGAGGAGCGGGAGGUGGAGCUCAGUGACGUCAUCAACACGCCCCUCCCCCGCGUGCCGCUCGACGUCUGUGUCAAAGCUCACUGGCUCAGCAUUGAGGGCGUCCAACCUUCCAUCCCUGAGAACCCCCCCCCAGCCCCCAAGGAGCAGCAGAAGGCAGAGGCCACUGAGCCCCUCAAGUCAACCAAACCAGGGCAGGAGGAGGACGGGACCCUAAAGGGCAAAGGGCAAAGUGGGGCCAACGUGGAUGGCAAAGGUAAGGACAAGAAGUCUCUGCUGGAGCCUCCCCCCUUGCGCCUCAGGCCUCGCAGUGUCCAUGAGCUGUCGGUUGAGCAGCAGCUUUACUACAAGGAGAUCACUGAGGCCUGUGUGGGGUCGUGUGAGGCCAAGAGAGCCGAGGCUCUCCAGAGCAUUGCCACUGACCCAGGACUGUACCAGAUGCUGCCAAGGUUCAGCACCUUCAUAUCCGAGGGGGUACGUGUCAAUGUGGUGCAGAACAACCUGGCUCUGCUCAUCUACCUCAUGCGGAUGGUGAAGGCUCUGAUGGACAAUCCCACCUUGUACCUGGAGAAAUACCUGCACGAGCUGGUGCCCUCGGUGCUCACCUGCAUCGUCAGCCGCCAGCUGUGUCUCCGUCCGGACGUUGACAACCAUUGGGCCCUCAGGGACUUUGCUGCUCGGCUCAUUGCUCAGCUCUGCAAGAACUUCAGCACCUGCACCAACAACCUGCAGAGCAGGAUCAGCAAGACCUUCACCAAGAGCUGGGUGGACGACAAGACCCCCUGGACCACUCGCUAUGGGUCCAUUGCAGGCCUGGCUGAGCUGGGGCAUGAUGUGAUCAAGACCCUGAUCCUGCCUCGGCUGCCGGUGGAGGGUGAGAGGCUCAGGACCAUCCUGGAGGGUCCAGUGCUCAGCACCAUAGACAAGAUAGGGGCUGACCACGUCCAGACCCUGCUGCUGAAACACUGUGCCCCAGUCCUGGCCAAGCUUCGCUCCCCCCCAGACGUCCCUGACUCCUAUAGGGCAGAGUUUGGGUAUCUGGGGCCUCUGCUCUGCUCCCAUGUGGGGAAGGCAAGAGCACAGGCAGCACUGGCAGCACAGCAGGUCAACAGGACAACGCUCACUAUAACACAGCCCCGCCCCACGCUGACGCUGUCCCAGCCUCCCCCCUCCGCUCCGGGUGCCCCUCCCCCCCCCCGCCCCCCCCCCGCCCUGCUCAAGGUCCCAGGAGCCAUUGCGGUGCCGGUGGGGGGAGGGGCCAGGGGAGCGACCCCUCAGGCCCCGCCCCCCCCCAAGUUCAUCGUCAUGGGAACGGGAGCCGGGCAACAGGUUCUGUCCUUCAGCUCCAGCCCCUCCCCCACCUCCCCCUCCCCCUCCAGCACCACAGCCCCCAGCCCCCUCCAGAAGUACAUUGUGCUCCGCCGCACGGCGCCGCUGGAGCCCUCAGGCAAUUACAUCAUGUGCCUCCAUCCCCACGGGGUCCUCUCGGUCUCGGCCUUCGGGAACUUCGCCAUUGACGCUUCCGGCUUCGGGGUCCUCUUCCCAGGGCUCCGGGUCUGGCUCCUGACGCUGCCUGCUUGGUUCCGAGUGCCCCUGCUGCGGGAGUACCUGCUGGCCGGGGGUCUGGUCUCCUCCGACCGCCGCAGUCUGGACUACCUCCUGAGCCGUCCCGGGGGGGGUCACGUGGCCGCCAUCGUGGUGGGCGGGGCCCCGGAGGCGCUGGAGGCGGAGCCAGGAGCUCUGCGCAUGCGCAUCAGGCACCGCACGGGCUUCGUGCGCUGCGCACUGCACCACGGAGCCUCAUUGGUUCCCGUGUUCUCCUUCGGGGAGAAUGAGCUGUUCCAUCAGCGCCGCCCCCCCCCCGGCUCCGCUCUGCGCAUGCUCCAGGAGCGCGUUCUGCGCAUGCUCGGACUCGCCCUCCCCCUGUUCCACGCACGUGGUGUGUUCCAGUACGACCUGGGGCUCCUCCCCUUCCGCAGGGCCGUGUGCAGCGUGGUGGGUCGGCCGCUGCAGCUCCCGCGGGUUCCCAACCCCCCCCCCGAGGCUGUUUCCUUGUGGCACAUCCGGUACCUGAGGAGGCUGCAGGAGCUGUUCGAGAGGCACAAGGAGGAGUUUGGGAUCCCCAAGGAGAGACACCUGCACUUCCUCAUCGGCACUUCCGGUGACGUCAUCACUUCCUGUGACAGCAUCGGCACUUCCGGUGACGUCAUCACAUCAGCUUCAUGUGACGUCACCACUGCUUCCUGUGACGUCAUCACUGCCGAUGAUGUCAUCAUCACUUCUGGUGACGUCCUCAAUGCCUGUGACCCCCAGCAGCACCUCAGCUUCCUAGCUUCCUGUGACGUCAUCAUCACUUUCGAUGACGUCAUCAUCACUUUCUGUGACAUCACCACUGCUUCCUGCGAUGACAUCACAUCAGCUUCCUGUGACGUCACCACCUCAGCUUCAUGUGAUGUCAUCACUGCUGCUUGUGACGUCAUCAUCGCUUCCGGUGACAUCAUCAGCACGUCCAGUGACAUCAUUACAGAGUCAUGUGACGUCAUCAGAGCCAACAAUGACGUCAUCAUCACAUCCUCGGGUGACCCCUCCCCCACAGCACUGGAACUUCCAGUGCCCCCAUCCCCCCAAUAA